AUGAAGCGCCUCCGUGGCUCGCUCCGCCGCAACCACUGGAUUGUUUGGACACUUUGUGUGAUACUGUGUGGAGCGUGCGAGAGCUCGGCGCCCCCAGACAGCCUGCGCCUCGUGUGGCUCACCAACACCUCGCUCACCUGCAACGAUGGAUCCCCGGCUGGGUACUACUUCAGACGAGGCACGAAUAGUGAUCACUGGGUGGUGUACCUUGAAGGUGGUGGAUAUUGCUGGGAUACGGCGUCAUGCAAUGCUCGGUGGAGGAGACGGCCUGCUCUCAUGUCAUCCACGCGUUGGCCAAAAGCUCGUCGCGCUCCCGCCCUCCUCUCGGCUGACGCGGCCGCCAACCCGCUGUGGCAUGCUUCCAACCACGUUCUCUUGCCGUACUGCUCGAGUGAUAUGUGGGCAGGCACCAGAAGUACUCGGCAUCCUAGCGCAGGAUUUGUAUUUGCUGGCCGUCUCAUCGUACGAGCUGUUAUCGCCGACUUGUUCCGCUACGGGCUCACCGGGCGCAUGUUGCUGGUGGGCUCCAGUGCUGGGGGAGCCGGUGUUAUGCUACACGCAGACGCUGCAAGACGAUCGCUACGAUCUAAAGGAGUCCGUGUUGCUGCAAUUUCUGAUUCUGGAUGGUUUCUCGACCGCCCGACGAAAACACGACGAGCUCCGGCUGCCACAGUUGCUCGCCUUGGCCACACUCUUUGGCGUGGUAAACCACCAACUUCGUGUGUGCGCGAGCAUGCCACCGAGCCGUGGCUGUGUUACUUUGGAUACCGACUUUAUCCUCACAUUCGAACGCCUCUUUUCAUCUUUCAGUACCUGUUUGAUUCGGCUCAACUGGCUGCAGAGGGUGUUCGCGCUCCUCGCACUAGAUCACAGUGGGACGCUGUCCACCAGACAGGUACAGCCUUGUUAUUAAGUUUAAGUCCAGUGCGUGCUGCAUUCGCACCUGCUUGUCUUGCUCACGGAGCACUCGCUCGUCCCGAGUGGCAAGCUAUUAACGUUUCGGGUAUUACAUUACCGCGAGCAAUAGCAUGCUGGGAGCAGAGGCUCGGCGGCGCCAGAAAGAAAAUGCGUGGUGGCUGUGCACCACGACGACUGAUUGAGAGAUGCACGUGGCCACAGUGUAAUGGAUCGUGUCCGCGGUUGCGCGACCCGCGCACUGGUGAAGAGGUGGCACUAGCGUCACUUCUGCAGAGCUUUGGCUUGGACGUCCGAGGCGCAGCUGCAGCCAUGGGUUUGGAUGCUCGCGCGCUGUCCCGAAUGAGUCGAGCCGAACUGCUUCCUCUGUUGGCACCUCAUAUGUGA